ACAGAAGAGGGGUGCCGUAAAGAACGCAACGUCAUCAAGAUGGCAAGUAAACUUAAGUACCUCCUGGUUUUCGACUUUGACGAGACCAUUGUCAAUGAGAACAGUGACGACUCAGUGGUUCAGGUGGCACCUGAAGAGGAGCUACCUGACUGGCUACGUGAGACUUUCCAAGAGGGCUUUUACAACCAGUAUAUGCAGAGGGUGUUUAAGUAUCUUGGAGAUAAAGGUGUGAAGUUGUCUGACCUCAAAGCGGUGUACGAGAAGAUUCCUCUUUCUCCUGGAAUGCCCACCCUCUUUAGAUUCCUGAUCAGAAACCAAGAUCGAUUUGAGAUUAUCUUACUUUCAGAUGCCAACGUGUUUGGAAUUGAGAGCAAUUUGAAAGGCUUUGGCUACCAAUCACUCUUCCGGAGGGUCAUUAGCAACCCGACUACGCUGGAGAAGAAUGGCUACUUGACUCUAGCACCAUAUCACACCCAUAGUUGCCCUCAGUGUCCAGCAAACAUGUGCAAGAGGAAGAUCUUGACUGAGUACCUUGCUGAAAGAGCUCAAGAAGGAGUCAAGUUUGAAAGCCUGCUGUAUGUCGGAGAUGGAGCCAAUGAUUUCUGCCCAUCCGUUAUAUUCACAUCCACAGACGUCACUUUCCCUCGAAAGAGUUAUCCCAUGCACAAGUUGAUACGAAAAAUGGAAGAAAAGCAGAAAGGGUCCUUUAAGGCUAAAGUAGUCCCUUGGGAAUCGGCUGAUGUGGUUGCACAGUACCUCCAAGCUCUUUUGAACAAAUCUUAGAAAUAAAAAUAAGUUUACAGGGAAAGCUUAGGUUAGUUUUUAAUAGUUAUUACUACGAGACGCAUAUAUUAGGCUCGAUGUCUAUGAUCAACCCUAAACUAUGCAGUUAUGUCAACUUUCAGCCUCUAUUCUUUUGGGUUGGCAGGUUGACCUUUCCAUGCCAGUGUUCAAACCUAAAGUCUUU